AUGCAUACAAGUAUACGAACAGUUGACCAUUUAGGAGAAGUUAUUAACUAUAGCCAUGAAAAAGAAAUAAAUAAAAUACAGAUGCACCGAACUAAGUGCACCACUACACAUGAAAAAAUAGUUUCAACUUAUUUGGACCUUGCUGAACUCGACGCAUGUAAUGCUGAAGGUAUUGUUUCUGCCAUAAAGCGGACGCUUAAACAUUUCGACUUGCGAAUUGAAAACUUAAUGGGUAUUGGUACAGAUAAUGCUUCGGUGAUGGUUGGCGUAAAUAAUGGAGUUUUUGCCCGAUUGAAACAAGAAAUACCGCACUUAGUUUUGGUACGUUGUUUAUGCCGCUUGAGCAGCAGAUUGUUGGCCUACGAAACAAGAACUGUGUCACAAAUUUCUACAUAUUUGCAUCCAACCUUAAGGACCGGCUUUCGUCAACCUGAAAAUAUGUUAUCUGCUAAAGACCAGAUGAGGCGGGAGUUGGGGAGUCUGAUACUGGACUCCAAUAAUAAAACUGAUGCCACAUCCUCUGAUUCAAUACCUACGACUGAGCAGGUGGCAACAAAGAAGCCGGGAAUUUUGGACUUCUUAAAACAAAGAAGGACUGAGACUGGUGUUCCAAAUGCGACUGUUUCUGCAGUAAACAUACUGCGCAUGUAUAUGGAAACCGAGAUUGAUCCUAGGCGAGAAGACAAACAUACAGAAGUCGCUGGCACUUACUGGAAAACAAAAGAAAAUAUUUGGCGCCGCUUAAUAACAUGGCUAUAA